CUUUAAGUUUUGUCACUGAGUUUACUCGUGAAGGACGGGAAAGCUCCCAUAUGGAGUUCAGCGGCUCAACUAGUUUGGGGAGUGUGUUCAGUGUUGUUGUCUUUUCAUGAGGAGUGUUUUUAAAGAGCGUGUGGUUUCUCUCUCUGUAACCGGACCUGUACAGCUCCUGGACCGGCUUCAAUCCAGCACGAGGAUGGCGACUUUCCCCCCCAAAAACACACGGAAAGUGACUCCUGGCUUCAGAUUUUUGGACUUGGCUCCGGCUGCGGUGUCUGUGAUUGAUUAAUCCGCUCGGUUAAAGCAGGAUUUCUCAGUAAACAUGAUGACCCGAUAUCCUGCGCAGUAGGGUUUGACUUUCAGAAAAGAUCUCUAAAGCUGAACUUGUAUACCUGUGGAAGACAAAAUAAAAAAAUAAAUAAAACAAAGUGGAAACGCAACAGAACACGACGGAAAAGUGCGCUUCUGGUGUGUAUUGAUCUGCGGAGCAGUAAUAUGGAGAAGUUCACCGUGAACAGCGGCGGUGGAGACAUGGAGCGGGACCUGGAGAUCCAGGGGCGUCUGGCGGACGGCGGCGAGGUCGUGGAGCCGCUGCGGGAGAACGGGAAAGCCGGAGCCGGUCAGAACCGAACCGUGACCCGGGAGCACACCUCCAGCCCUAGGAUGCUGGUCGGUUUGGACCUCUUGUGUCUGAUUGUGGCCUCUAUCCCUUUCUUUGCGUGUGAGCUGAAGACUGUGAAGCCGUACAAGAGGGGAUUCUUCUGCGGAGACUCGAGCAUCACUUACCCCCAUCUGAAGACGGAGGCCAUCCCGGACAGCAUGCUCAUCACUGGAGGAAUCAUCAUUACGGGCCUAACAAUCGCUCUGGCCGAGUGUUACUGCGUGCGUUCCCGCCGCGUGAACUCCCGUGCCUUCAUACGAAACCCCUACAUUUCCUCCCUCUACAAAGAGCUGGGCAGCUUCCUGUUCGGCUGCUGCAUCGGCCAAUCGCUGACCAACAUGGCCAAGCUGAGCGUGGGUCGGCUCCGCCCCAACUUCUUAGCGGUUUGCAACGUGACGUACGCGACGCUGAACUGCACGCAGGGCGAUUAUGUGGAUUACGUGAAAUGCAACUGCUCCACGAAAGAAGAGGAGGAGGCCAGGAAGUCCUUUUUCUCAGGCCACGCCUCUUUCGCCAUGUACACAAUGCUUUACCUUGCCUUCUAUCUGCAGGCGCGGUUCUCGUGGCGCGGGGCGAGACUGUUACGGCCUCUGCUGCAGUUCCUGCUGGUGAUGUUAGCCGUGUACACCGGACUCAGCCGGAUCUCGGACUACCGCCAUCAUCCCUCUGACGUCCUCACGGGCUUCCUGCAGGGAGGAUUCACCGCAUACUGGGUGGCGUUCCACAUCUCCUCCAUGUUUAAAACGUGUCCCGCAGACCGCUCUCCCGCCGGUCUCUCCCUGGACAGCCCUCUGUCUCUGUCCAGUCGUCAGACCGAGUGCUAGCAUCUGUCCUGGGACGCACGGACGCCGCCUUCACGUGGACCGAACCAAACGAGGUCAGCUGAUGGACACGAGAAAGCCGGUCGAGGAAGACGUCCAGAGGAAGGAUCGGAAGGACGCGUUCACGUCCAUACACACGUACACAUGCCGACCCACUGCCUACGAGAUAUGACGCAGAUAUUAUUCUUUUAUGUGAACCUUGUGUAUAUUUUACUUUAAAUCCAGUAAAUAUAUGUAGACGAAGCUGCUAAUAAUUGUAUUAUUCCGUAGUCACACUUAUACAGGAGCCUCUGUGGAGCGAGCGGAGGAUCCACAGGUCAAUCGCCUGCAGCUUAUUGGAGCAAUGCCACUUUGACGGACAGAUGUACUGACCAAUCGCAAGAGUUCUGUGGUUACAACCGACGUUGGGCUUCAUUUAUCAGACUCGAUACGUAUUCAUUUUUGUAAACCGUAAAUCCGCAGGAGCGUUUCCACGAUGCAAUGUGGAGCUCAGGAAAAAUCCACCGGAAAAUCUUUUUUUUUCCCUCAAAUCCUACGUUUUGCUCCCGAUCAUCUUCGAAUCGUAUAAUUAUUGAUGAGUUACUGCGAUUUUAUAUAAACGGAUGAGUUUAUAUCGCUUAUUUAUAUCAGUUACACACACACACACACACACACACACACACACACAGUCUUUUCAUUUCGAUCAGAAAGCGAUUCCAGAACAUAAUCCAUACUGUAAUGAAGGCGAGUUCAUUAGGACAAAAGUAAUGGCGCCCUAUAAAAGGCGGAAGAGAUCUGAGCUGCAUUACUGGAAGGUGCUCCCGCACCGUUUAGUCGCUUUGAGCUCUCCGUGAGCUUUCUUGCCUUUUAUGGAGUUUUGUGGGAGUGGCUACAUGUAAAUGUUCUGUGAACGCACUUCUGGUAAUCUACGGCGUAUAUACGUUCGUGAGCACACGUACGGGCGGACGUGAAAGUCGUGAAAACCCCCCGUUUGUAAAGCAGCGCUACUGAAAUACUGAUAAGUGAGGCCCAAUGUAUAAGGGUGCAAUAAGCCCGUUACAGACUUCUUUUCUUUUCUGCUUUUCUUUUAUUACUUUUUUUUUUCUACUUUACUUAUUUUUAUUCUUUCUUUCCUUCAUUUCUACUUUUCUGUCCUUUUCCAUUUCCUUUCCUCUUGCGCAUUUCAUUAUUGAUCGUAGCCACCGAUACAGCAAAGUUCCACUUUGAGACGAGAGGUCUCUUUCUUUCUUUCUUUCUUUCUUUCUUUCUUUCUUUCCUUCUUUCCUCAUUUCUUGGCGAGACGAGGAAUGAGACGAGGCCCGGUCUCGCUCCCUCCCGCCUCUGUAUCUCGGUGGUGGCGAGCAGGCAGACCACUGAACACUAGCGACCUGCUCGAACCUUUGGCACUUCAGCUGCAGGACUGAACUCUGUAACUCUUAACACGUGGUAUUUCAGUGGUCUCAUUUCAACAGUGUUUAUUUCCUCUUACUGUGGUCAGCCAAUCACCUUCUCCCUGUUUUACAAGGUGGUCAUUCUUUUACCAGUGGUAAUUAUUCAUAAGAAAUAAUUACAAAAAAAAUGUAUAUAAAACAUUUUAUAAAGAAAGAAAGCUAUCCAGAGUUUUGCAAAUGUAUUAGCGCCACUGUGUUUAUAUAUGUGCCAGAUGCUUGCGUUGUAUAAAUAGUGACUGAGCCAGAGGUAUUGUAUUGUCCAGAAAGCUAUAUUUUAUGUUUAUAGUUUUAUAAACUUUUGUUUGUUUUGUUUGUGUUGUCUGUGAAAGCCCCUGUGGCUAAAAUAACCACUGUAUUAAUAAACCAAACCAAUAAAACGAAUGUGCAACUAUUA